AUGAAUGAUCAUGAAAUUAUGGUUGAUGAAAAUUCCAUGCAAGACGAUGACGAGGAACCUGUUUCACCCAUCACGGUUUCAUCAUCAUCAUCAUCAACAUGUUCUCAUCAUCAUGAUGAUUUCGUGUAUGAUCAUCAAAUCCAUGUACAACCAACAACAAAUGAUGACAACAAUGACGAAACGGAUCAUUUAAUUAUUCCUCCGGUAUUGGAAUUUGGAUCGUUGAUUCCUGGUAUUCCGAAGGAUGCUUCUUCACUGUGGACUGAAAAGUAUAUCUACGAUAUUGGAAUCAUUUAUAGAAAAAUGAUGAUUCAAGUGGAUGCACAUCGAUUUGAGAGAAAUUUUAAACUUGCUCAUGAUGAAUUGAUUAAAGCUAUUAAUUUAUUUCCAUAUCAGCCAGAGGCCUAUUAUAAAAGGGCUUUAAUUUAUUUCCAAACAAACAAUCCAAAAGAAAUGCAACGAGCAAUUAAUAUUACUAAAUUUGUUUGCAGAGGCCAUCCAUUUUGGUCUCUUUUGUGUGAAGGGUACACGUGUGAAGUGGAACAAAACUUUACAAAAUCUCGUGAACUCUAUGACCAAGCUUAUCAUGUACCAAAAGAACGAAUUUUGACUUUUUACGAAAAUACUUUCAAUGUUUCGAAGCAAUGUGCAACCUCUCUCUAUGAUUUAUUUGACGUUUUUUCACCGUUUUUUGCAAUAUUUAACGAGGGUUGUGUAAUGAUGGAUUUACAAAUUGAAAAAGAGGCUAUUAACACAUUUCAGAGCGCUAUCGAUUUUCUGGAAAAUAGUGCUAAAAACAAUGUCUUUCAUUUUCUUUCUGAACCUCAGAUAUCCAAACUGAUUUCGAUGGGAAAAGCACUGUGUUUUAAUAACAUGGGUUGUUGUGCUUUGCAAUUUUCAACAGAUCAUGAAGCUCUGAAGUAUUUAUGUAAAGGCAUUGAAUACAGCCGAAAAUAUGUGUUAGUUUAUGAAAAUAGAAUGAAUCUCUUUAGCAAGCUUACAAUGUAUGCCUCGGCUGUUAAAGAUUGCGAUACGGUCUUGUCAUUUGCCAAAAACCCAGAUACUUUGGAAAAGAUGCACGCAGAAAGGGUUGUCAAUAUUCACCGAUGGAUUCAACACGAUGCAGAAAGUUGUAACUAUACUUAUAAGGACCUUGAUCAACUCGUAGCUGAAUUACUGAACAAGUAUCCUAAAAAUCAUGUACUCUAUUUGACUAAGGCACUCAUUGCUGUAACGUUGGACGAAGCCGUUCAAGUUUUAACAGAAGGUAUUAACAUGAUUGACACCCCUGCUGUGGACAGCAUGUUCAAACUGGCUUCUUUAUUGGAUUUUAGAUCGUCCAUGUUCGAAGGUAUGGGUGAAACAAGAAAGAGCAACAAUGACAUGAGAGCUGUUAACCGAAUAGGGAACCUUCAGCUCCCUUGCAGAAUCGAGUAA